GAAAUUCAAAGUGCUGAAAAAAAAAAAAGAAAUCUGCGAACGGGUGAAUCUGUGGGUGAGUGCCGAACCCCGGGUAAGCGGGUCCGGAGUAUGUUGAUGUCUUCCAGCUUUCUUUUAUUGUGGAGAGACCGCUGGCGGAAGAGAACGGAGCGAGCCAGCGGGUGGCAGAGAGGAGGCCGAAAAGGAGGGAGAGGGGGAGGAUGGAGCCGUCGAGGAAACAUCUCCGCUCGCUGCGUGUUUUGGAAGAACCCGUCCCGCCUGACGUUUUGUCGAAUCCAAGUGGAAGAAGCAGACCAAGGAGCAGCUUUGCACUCAGCUCACAUCCUUCCUUCUCGCUCUCUCUAGCGCUCCAUCCUUGGAUCCUCGGACGCCACCCGGGCCGCGCAUCUUCCUCCUCCUCAGGGCGCGCGUCAAAUGAGCGUCGACCCUUGCCGGUGAAAGCGUGUCGUCGUCCUCUUCCUCCGUCUUCAUCACCAGAGCGUGUCGCCAUGCCGCCGCCGCUCCCCCCCGCCGUCCGGCUCCUCUUCCUCCUCCUCAUCAUCUUGCUGGUCCUUCCGCACGCCGCCGCCGUGGGCGUGACCGCCCCCUGCCCCGCGAGCUGCCGAUGUUACAGCCUGACGGUGGAGUGCGGAUCCACCGGCCUCCUCGCCUUACCCGAGCGAGUGCCCGCAUCCACGCAGACGCUGUUCCUGCAGGACAACGUGAUCGGUCAGAUCCGCCGGCAGGACCUGCACCCGCUGGCGCAACUGCACUACCUCUACCUGCAGACGCUGUUCCUGCAGGACAACGUGAUCGGAGAGUAUUUUCCAAGCAAACGACACUCGUCGUUGUUGUUGUUUCGGGGGCCGCAAACCUCUUGUUGUCGUUUGGCGAUGCGCCGUCCUCAGCGGCUGCAGGAGCUGCACCUGCAGCGCAACGGCGUGGAGAUGGUGGGCGAGCAGGCCAUGGCCGGCCUGACCUCGCUGGCGCUGCUGGACCUGAGCGGGAACCGCCUGCACACCUUGGCGGCUGCCGCGCUGCGCCCGCUGGUCAGCCUGCAGGUGCUGCGCAUCACCGAAAACCCGUGGCGCUGCGACUGCGCCCUGCACUGGCUGAGGACUUGGAUGGACGAGGAGGGCCGGCGGCUGCUCAGCUCGUCCGAGCGCCGGCGCCUGCGCUGCCGCGAGCCGCCGCGGCUCUCGCGCCUCGGCCUGUUGGAGGUGCCGCCCAACAGCCUGGUGUGCAUCCCGCCCCUGGUGCAGCUGGAGCCCCGACGCAUGGCCGUGCGCCUCGGCGACAGUCUGCGCGUCUCCUGCCACGCCUCGGGAUACCCGCGCCCGCAGGUGACCUGGAGGAAGGCGUCUUCGGGCAAGGCCUCGCCGGCACCCCGAGGGCUGGUGCAGGACCUUGGAGGCGGGGCCCGCGUGCAGAAGAGCGACGAGGGCGCUUCGCACUUUGACCCCGACACGGGCAGCGGGAUGCUCUUCCUCAGCAACGUGACGGUGGCGCACGCCGGCUUCUACGAGUGCGAGGCCUGGAACGCGGGCGGCGCGGCGCGGCUCACCUUCCAGCUGGCCAUCAACUCCUCGUCCUCGUCCGUGUGGGCCGGCUGGGCGCAGGCGCCGUCCCCCGACUCGCCGGCGUGGCCGCGCCCCCGGCGUCUGCGAGGCUACAAAAACGCGCUCGCCGCGCACAAGGAGGAGAGCAUCCUGUACGUGAACGACUACUCGGACGGGCCGACGACGUUCGCCCAGCUGGAGGAGUUCCGAGACGAGCGCGGCCACGAGAUGUUCGUCCUGAACCGCGCCAAACCCGUGCCGGCGCCGGCCGCCCGCAGCACCCUCUCGGGGUCCUCGGCGGCCGGCCCGCCCGCGCUCCCCCCCGGCGAAGCCGACGGCGACAUUCGGACCGUGAGAAGAAUGGCGGGCGAGGGCGGCGAGGCGGAGCCGGUCAUGACGUCCGAGGGCGAGGGGGUAUUCGUCAACCACGCCGGCUUGUUCGUGGAUUCUCGGAUGGGCUACGAGAUCCACUGCUGAACGGCGUCGCCCGCCGCUGCGCUUUUCACAAACCGUGUUGACGCCGCUCCGGAGCAGACCGAGCGGCAUUCUGGACUCGGUUCAUAUUCUGCCGCACGUGCUUCUUCUUUGUACUUGGCAAGCGAGUGAGACAAAUCCCGUGGCAAAAAACUCGAGUGACACUCUUGACUUUUGAACGGUCCAGCCGGCAAACAAAGGACGGGGGUGGGGUUGUGGCGGGGGUCUCUGCUCGUGUACGCAGGAGUAUUACGGCCACGCUGGAAAGAAAAUCAAAUGAAAUCGAUGCUACUGUAGUCGAAUGAACUCAGGUGACCUCGCACCUGAAAGGUCAGGUCACGCGGCCCUGUCGUGCAACUCGACGAAAACAUGCAGAGACAGCCCAGAUUCCUUUCGGGAAGGAGCCCCUUCUUGGCUCAGCGUGACCCCCCCCCCAUCAAAGAUCCAAACAAAAACGUCCCUGGCCAUUUUUUCACUCAGCUCGCAUCGGGAAUUACAUUUUUUAACCAGGGCGAAAACUCAUUUGCUCGUUAGCAUGUAGCGAUUGUCGUGUGCUUCUCUUCCUUCUUGUUGUUUUCAUUUGGAGUGGGUGGGCUGCGGUAACGUUUCUCAUCGUGAAACAUUUUGUGCCGGCCAAAGUUGUGACAAUAAAACAAACGGCAUUG